GAUGACUUGAUGUUGGCAGCUUGUCGAAAUGAUCAGGAUGAAAUGUUGGAAGAUAUUUUCAAAGAAGGAGAUUUCGACAUUAACCAUACCGAUGGUUUAGGCGACACAGCUCUUCAUUAUGCGCCCUUUAAAGAAGGAAAUACACCGUUACAUCUUGCUGUACAAUAUGAAGAUGAUCCGGAAGUAGCAUUAAAUAUGGUGGAUCUAUUAUUAGAUGCUGGUUCAGAUCCAAGGAUAAGGAACAAUGCAGGCAGCAGUGUAGAAGACUAUGUAGUUGGCAGAAAUGAUGAUAUGAGGGAUCUUAUUGAUAGAGCGAGCGAUGGAUAUGAUAUGGUAGGAUAG